CGGCUUUGAGACGCAAGCGACGAUCACGUUGAGCAUUGGUUCCUGUCUCCUAUUGUGGGCGAAGCUGACGUGAGAUGGCUUCCCGCUUAAAUACUGCAGGCAGACGUCACCAGUUCAGAUAAACAUUGAGAGCAGACGAGAGACAAACUAACAACGAACAGCAACCAUUCAACUGUUGCAAUUAGUCAAGAAAACGAAACAUUCAGCUAACAGUUCAACUAUCCAAUUCGCUCAUCUAACUGCGACUGGCUCAUCCACGGAACUUGAUCGACGGGAUUAUUACAAACUCCUAUUGGAUUUUAUUCCGAUUUUGUUCCGGUUUUUUUACUCUUAUGUGGACCCGCGUAACUUGUAGUAAAAGCUAAGCAAUGAAGAAGAUGCUGACCACCGUUUUCCUCAUCGCACUUGUGCAUCUUGCCUUUGUGUUUGGACAAGGAGAUGAGGUUGCAGCUGGAGAUCAGGAGUAUGAAUAUGAUUACAAAGACUACGACUACGCCGACCAGGGGGAGGGCGGUAUUGACUUUUCAGGCCCUGGUGACGCCCUUGGUAUCUUUGAUGGCGGAAGCUGCCCCAGGGACAACGAGAAAGCGCUGCAGAGGAACUGCAUGAAGAAAUGCACGACAGACCAGGAAUGUCGCGGCAAGAGGAAGAAAUGUGUAUGUGAUGGCGUUUGUGGACGAAGCUGUGUCAACCCAGGAGUUCGAUGCAAGCCACUUGAUGAGAUCGAAAAUGGCCGCAUUGAAGUUCUGCCCUUUAACCGACUUGGCGCCAAGGCAAAGUACGUUUGCGAUGAAGGUUACAUGAUGAUGGGCAGCGGCGAACGCCAGUGUCAAGGCGAUGGACUAUGGAGUGGAGAGGCACCGACAUGCGAGGGAGAUUACUAUUGCGGCCCUCCCCCAGAGAUCCCCAACGCCAAGCACAACGGCGGACGACACCAGCGGUACCUCAUCGGCACCCAGCUCCAGUACACGUGCAACAUGGGAUACUAUCGUGAUGGUUUCUACAAGGCAAUGUGCAUUGGAGAACGAAAAUGGGUCGGCCCAAGAAUGUCCUGCUCACCGAGGUCUUGCGGACAUCCUGGUGAUAUAGACAACGGCCGGCGUAUCGGUAAUAUCUUCAUAUUCCCAAAACGGGUGACGUAUUUUUGUGAUAUUGGUUACAAGAUCAUCGGAAAGCAGUACAGAAUCUGUCAAGCCAAUGGAAAAUGGACCGGUGCGACACCUAGAUGCAUAGCUAUUGAAUGCCCCCACCUCCCACCCCCGGAACACGGCACAGUAAAGGGAAGCCUGUUUGUUUACAACUCCGUUUUAGACUUCACGUGCGACCGCGGUUAUCAACUCCGUGGCGUCAAGGGAAAGCAGCUGACUAGACGAUGUACCGCGGAGGCGGAGUGGGAUGGCACCGAGGCACUUUGUGAAUUGGUUGACUGUGGUGAACCAAAGCCACUUUACAAUGGUAAAAUCGAGGGUGAAUCCAACAAAUACGGUGCGCAGAAAGUUUUCAAGUGUAACAAAGACACGCUGUUCCACGGAGCGUCCAAAAUGGUCACCUGCCUGGAGAGUGGAAAAUGGUCGGAUGAGACUCCAAACUGCUUCAGCCCAUGCAAAAUCCCAAUGAUCACCAACGGCUUUGUUGACCUUGACGACAACGAGGCGCAAGACAUCAUGGUCGAACACAGCACGAUGAUCAGCUUCCGUUGCAUCCACGGCCACCAACUCAACGUGACCGCCGGCACCAAGUCCAUGUGCAGUAACGGCACAUGGACACUCAUCCCCCAUUGUACACCAGCUCCUUGCAAUGACAGGCCACCCGUUAUUCGAAAUGGCAUCGUGCGUUACCACAAAAUUCUUCACGGUAACAAGUCAAAGUACAGGUGUAUGACAGGAUUCAGGCUCAAAGGCAACAGUGUACUAACCUGUUCGUAUGGAGAGUGGGUCGGGGACAAGCCAUACUGUGAACCAGUCUACUGCCCGUACCCCGGAACCAUCAAACAUGGCAAAAUCCUCCUCAAAGGUGUCAUUGGCAAGUACGAAUACCGCGACUACGUCAAAAGGAUUGGCCAAGGACAAGAAAUCGAGUUCCAAUGCGAGGCAGGGUACCGUCAAGUCGGGCCGACUGGCGCCACCUGCGUUGACGGAGUCUGGAGUCCCGACAUCAAGCCAGAAUGCGUCGAAGAGAAACACCCUGUCCUGGAGAAGCCAUGGACGAGACGCGACAGAGCAAAACGGGCGUACGUUUCAAAGUCGACCCGUGGCGACUUGGUGUGGCUCGAGGACGAGAAUGUUGAUUAUGAUGACGAUGAUGAGGCUAUAGCUCUAGACUGCACAGUACCCUCUGGGCUCGAACACCUGCUACUCAAUACCAUCGAACACAAAGUCAAACUACUCUCGGGCAGCCUUGUCCCCAGUGGCUUCAGCGUCAAGAUGGAGUGUAAGAAGGGGUACAAGGUUAAGGGAAGGAAGGGCAGCAAAAUCAAAUGCUCCGGUGGCGAGUGGUCACAUGAUUUCAUGAAGUGCGCUCCAAUGCACUGCCCGUUCAAGGGCACCCUUGAUCAUGGAACCAUUUACCUCAAGGCUGCUGGCGCCAAUGUGAAAUACCGCUCCUUCAUGAGGAACCUCGUCCAAGGACAGGGAUUGGUUUACGAAUGCAUGAACGGUUAUCACCUAGUCGGACCUGAGAAUACAACAUGCGAUGAUGGGAAGUGGAGCCCGUCAGUCAAGCCGAUGUGUGUCAGGAACGAGCAUCCUGAUAUCGAGAGCCGAGGGAAAAGGUCAAAGAGGUCAAUCCUGUCGACUAUCGUCGAUGCAGAGAAUGACGUCAACAGGGGACAAUAUAAAUACCUCAACUGCAAAGUCCCUCACAACAUCGAGUACAUGACCAUGAAGACCGUACAGGAGAGCGUCCCAUUGGUUGCCGACAGCAUCGUACCCAGCGGAUUCAGCGUCCACGUCCAGUGUACGUACGGAUAUGAACCCAAUGAUCCUGUGGUUGACGUCAAGUGCUCCGGUGGCCAGUGGAUGAAGAAAUUCCCAAAAUGCGUUCCCUCCUCAUGUCAGGUUCCCCUCCUUCUGAACGGCAUGUACCGCAACCAACAAGAGGACGUCAUCAGGAAGUACGAGUUCCCCCACUUGGGGACGCUUGAUUAUGUCUGUGACGAGAACUACACUAACACAAGUGAGACCCACGUGAAGUGCAUGUACGGAAAAUGGACCCCUGAGGAACCCGGGUGCAAGAAAGUCUUCCGCCAUUGCACCUUGCCGAAUAUCGAUAACGCCCAGCUGAGAUUUGAUACGUCAUACAUGGAUCUGGCACCUGGUACCGAGGUUUUAGUGAGCUGUCACGCCGGUUAUGUCUUAGAAGGACAGAAUAAGAUCCAGUGCUCAGAGAACGGGACGUGGACGGAGACCAUCCCCAAGUGCAAACCAUUCUGCAGAAACGGCCACAUCGAAUUCCACAAGAAAGAUAACCGCAUCCUGCGCGGAAACAACAUGAAAGUGAUCAAGGGCGUCAUGGAGGAGGACUGUCUUGCUCUCUGCCGAUCUGAGUACACGUUUUACUGCCUGUCUGUCGACUACUACCCUGCCGAGCGAAAGUGCCAGCUGAGCAAGGAGAACCAGCAGUCCAAGCCUGCCGACUUCAUCUACAUGGACGACGCUGUUCACUACGAGAAGAUCUGCUUGCCCGUGACCUGCCCGAAGCCCGUAGAACUGACCAACGGAAAUAUCCUCAUCACCAACCCAAACUUCACCGUCGGGAGUGUCAUUUUCUUCUCCUGUAACCUAGGGUAUCAUCUCGAUUCGAAGAGCCCGACGCAGGCCGAGUGUCAGCCAGAUGCACUCUGGAGUGCCAACACCCCGACGUGCAUUUCAGAUAAUGCACCUGCAAGUCCAUCCAAGAAGACCCACCGCGACGACAACCCCUGCCAACGUCUUCCAGCAAAUACCAAAGUUAUCAUGUCCUACAAGGGAGUGCGCCUAGACUACCUCUUGAAGGGAAUCAUCCCCCACCGUGGCGUCAUCGUGUCCAGAUGCGACGACGUUGGCGAAUACAUCAUGGACGGCAGCCAGAUGUUGGUCUGUAAUAACGGAACGUGGAUUGGGAAGAACCCUGAAUGCAAGCGCAUCAACAAAUACCAAGUUCACUCUGUGCCAAGAAUGAAACUGACCGUCACCAAGAACGACUACACCAUCUUGGAAGACGGCCGCGUCAUGAUCCGCCCAGGCAACAAGGUCACCAUCGACUGUCAUCUCUUCGUCCAGCACCUGAUGGCACCGAGGUGGCGAUGGAACAGCGGUACAAAUGAGCGCCACCUACCAGGAGGCAAGAGACUACAUGUUGGAAAAGUGAACGAGGAGAACUCUGGGAUCUAUACCUGCGUGAAUCCGCUGAACGGUCUGACCAACUCUAUUCAGAUUGAUGUAGUCGCCCAAGAAACAGAAUCACACUGCAGCCCACCUCCAGCACCAGCCAGAGGCUACAAAGUACCUAACACCAUCGAUAACUUCGAAACCGGUUCCGCAGUCUUCUACUACUGCUCCCCUGGUUAUAAACUAAUAGGAAACACAACCGUUUACUGCUACAAUGACGGAACGUGGUCCGGCGUGCCACCAGAAUGCGAGGCCGUAAAAUGCCCCAAAUUGGCGAUACACGAGCCAGAGCUUACCAUGACGUAUUCCGGUAACACUGCUGGCGAGCGGGUUACGUUUAUGUGUCGGGACGGUUACCAUCUCCACGGGCAACAGGAGGCAACGUGUAAACACGUGUCGAAGGAUAAUCGGGCAUAUUGGGAUCUCAGCCAUGGGACGCCACACUGCAGAGCCGUGACAUGCCCCGACCUUGACGUCAGCGAUGACCUAAACGUGGUCACCCGUGGCAAACGCUACACGGAAGAGAUGCAGUUUGAGUGCAAAGACGCCAGUAAAUACCUCACUGGAGUUGAUAAAAUCACGUGUCAGGCUGACGGCAUGUGGUCAGACAGUGUACCAUCUUGUGUGGAGGUUUGCCAAGAUCCCGGCACGCCCGCACACGGGUACCGGGUCCCCGACCUGGCCGCCAUUGGCGACGUAUUUGCCAAGGGCACGCACAUGACAUUCGGCUGCGAAGAAAAUUACGCACUCGAAGGAUUGGAAGAAAUCACAUGCACGGGACGACAACUGCAAUGGACGGGAAUUUCUCCUGAAUGUAAACAUAUACAUGACGUAUCAAAAAGAUAAGGAACAUUUUAAGCUUGACCAUGAAAACAUCGAUGCUCAAUCUCAGGACUGUGUCCAUUAAAACGAGUCCGCGACUUGACGUUCCAUAUUGAAGGUGCAUAUAACUGUAUAGUUUGAUAUUAGGAGAAUUCUUCCAGAAGAUAAUCGAACUCUAAAAACGCACUUUGCAUAUACGUACACACACACAGGAACUGACACUCAGUGGUGUGAAAAUGUGGACUGUAACUGUGCCGGACUGGCUUCCGGGUUUUGGACUGUCAAAAACAGGUGAUGGACUGGUUUAUGUGCGAAUAUCGUUGACGGUUGAUUUCAGUAUGACACUUCUCUAGCAAGGGCAUUCUGAAUACUAACAAAACUGUCCUUAAUAGAGGAAUUCAAACGAUUCGAAAAUGAUUUGAGCUAUCAGAACUGCCACGCAAUUGUGCCUGGGUGUUCAUUUGGGUCACAACAUAAGGGCCGUUUAGACGACGCGAAAAAAUCCGGAUGCGUCCCGAAUCCGGAUUAAUUUUUCGUCGUGUAAACGCAAAAAGAUCCGGAUCAAUGUGGUUGCAUCCGGACUAAAAAGGUACCAUCGCCUUGGGUGGUUUUAAUCCGGAUUCAUCCAGAUUUGAUCCGAAUGCGGUCUUUUCGCCUGUCGUCUAAACGGCCCUAUUAAUGCUUUUAGCGCCAGAAUCACUUUAGUUUUAACAUAGGAAAUGAUUCAGUUAAAACAUUCCCUGAAUAUUUUUUUUGGCCAGGAAAGUGAUGUAGAUCUAUUACAGAUGGCGCUGAAAGUGUUAAAGAUUGGGUGUUGAAGACAAACUGUGUCAAAUCUUUGCUUGUGGGAGGGGGGGAGCAGUUGUGAUAUAAUUUGGAAGAUACUUUUGUAGGACUUAAACAGAAAUCAACCCAUGGUUUGACAUUGUUUGCCUUCAAGGUGACAAAUUGAUUCAGGGGUGUGGUGGAUUGAUGGAAGAUCCAGUUUCUACAGCGCACAAAUGUACACUUGUACAGAUGAAGGCUGUUCAGGGAAUUGAAAUUCUUCCCCUUAUACAGAAUCACCUUGUGGACGUAAAAGUCACAUCUUGCUGUUAUAACUCCAGUAUUCUGAAAAUAAUCAACAAAGAGGCUGAUGUCAUUAAGAACACAAAGUAACAAUCUCAUGAUAAUACUGCUGAGAAAUAACAAAACGUACAAGAACAUUGGAAAAAGACAAUUAAUGAAUGUAAUAAUUAACUUUUUCUUAACAAGACACCAGUAUUUCAUCAAUUGGCAUUUCAGGACUUCACUUUCAUGCGUUUACAUUUGACUGAAGUUGGUAAACUGUUGGCAAUAUGACGACUUUGGUCGGGGUCUUGAGUCCCCGUUAUCAAUAGGUGGUCUCAGAUGAACUGAAACAUACCGAUGUAAUCUAAAGUCUUCGAACUGUGGACAUAAUCCUUAAAAAGGACAUAGCCAAGAGGUAUAGAAAUUGCUUAGUCUACUCAGCUAGGCUGGUACACAACUACUUUUUAUUUUACAAGUUUAAGUGUGAAUGCCUUGGGUACUGUUUCCAACGUAGUCACAACUCACAUGAGUUUCACGUAUGAUUGCGUGAAGACUUUUAUUUUCAUUUGAAUAUUUGGGAUUGUAGGUUGGGGAGGGGAGGAAUGUUUGAAGGAAAGAUUUGAAGUAUGUUUCAAUGAAACAAAACGACGUUGAGGGCAGGGGGUACUAGUAAUUAGUCUUACCGACAUAUAGAACUAGUCAAAUCUUCAUAUUGUCAUCUAGUGAUAAAAGAGAAUAAAAAUAUUUUUGUAAAAAAAUUAAGAAAGAAAAAAAUGUACAUAGCAGUAUAGUGGUUGAACUUUAUAUGUACUUUUUUACUUUGUUAUAAGUAUUGUGGAUAUAAAGUACAUUUUGAUGUUAUUGUUUAAGUAGAAUAAUUAGGCCUACCCCUUCGAUUCAUUUCUGUUCUUUGGUUGAAAAGUGUUAUAGUCUUUGAAAACCCAAGCCAACAACUUGGUUAUGCAGAAGUUCGAGCCGGUAAAGAUAAAGUUGGCAAAAAUAUUUCACAAUUUUUCAGUAUGCUCUCGAAGGACCGAGCCAAGGAAAAUUGGGCUAUUGCCCUAAUCGGGCUGUCAUAGUGGCACAGUGGAAAGAUUAGAGCAUGUCACCUCGGAGGUCUUGGGUUUGAUUCCCGGUCAGUCCAAGCAUGUGAAAGAGAGGGCAACUCUCUUCAACAGUUUAGGUUUCCUCCGGGGUCUCUGGUUUCCUCCUAUAUUACAAGCGCCCAACAUUGUUUAUAAAGCUUAAUAAUGUCAAAGCUGACACUCAGCUCUCAACUCAAUGUUUUAAAGCGAUCAGGUACCAACUUUAUUUUUAAACCAGUUAUGUUCUUCUUUGGUUUAAAAUAUUUUGUUUUUUUCAAAGGAAAUUCUUUUAUAAUGUUCUAUUAGUUUAGCCUUAGAAGUUCAUUGUCAUAAGUAUUCAAGUCACGUUUAACUCUUUAUUGGCAGAUGACUAAAUUAUCAAAUACAAAUCCAGGAAAAUGACUUUUCCAGAAAAGGUCAAAUUUUGUUUCUUUGGAAAUGAUUAUUUCCUAAAUAUCAAUCCCUGAAUUGAGUAAGGCAUAGUCUUUGAAAUUAUUGAGGCAGCAAAGAGUUAAGAAUGACUUGAAUGAUGUACCUGCAUCUGUAAAUAUCCAGCCUCCCAGUUUCAUCCAAACUAUUUCUUCCAAUCUGUAUGGAUGGAUUAUUUCUCCAAAAGAGAUCAGAAUAAUAAAAUGUAA